AUGGGCUGGUUUAAUCGCGAAGGAAUCGCUAUCAUCCUCUGGGGCCAUGAUGCCAAAGAUCGAGCCCUUCUGUCGAAGCUGGACUUUACCUUGCUCCCUUACUUCUCGCUGAUCUGGUUUCUGUUCGGCAUCACGAGAGCCAGCUACUCAUCUGCUUAUAUCAGUGGAAUGAAAGAGGCGCUGCAUUUUGAGGGAAAGGAUUAUAACUAUAUGAGCACCGCAUACAUGGUCGUUUAUGCGGUGUGCCAGAUCCCAGGGACGAGUCUGUUGACGGUCCUGCGCCCGAAAUAUGUCUUCGUCACGGCGAACGUCAUCUGGAGUGUGUUGACGCUGGUCACGUAUAAGUUGACGGCGGCGUGGCAAGUCAUACUGUUGAAUGCGAUCGAAGGCGGGUUUUCGGCUAUUGCCUAUGUCGGGGGCCAUUUUGUUCUCGGGUCAUGGUACCGCAAGUCCGAGCUGGGGAAACGGGCAGCGGUGUUCUGUUGCUUCGGGCAUGUUGGAAGUAUGGCCGGUGGUUGGAUUCAGGCUGGUCUGCUGCAGGCUUUGGCUGGCAAGGGAGGUUUGCCGGCCUGGCGAUGGAUCUUUAUCAUCGUGUCGGUGAUGACUGUCCCUGUCGCAUUAUUCGGAUGGUUCUUUAUCCCAGACCUCCCUGCUCAUCGAGCAGCUUGGUAUCUCAGCCACGACGAAAAGGAACACGCAGCAGAGCGUCUGGGCAAAGUACCCGAGCAAUCAUGGGACUGGACCGUUCUUCGACGAGUUUUCCUCAGCUGGCAAUUCUAUCUCCUUCCCCUGAUCUUCAUGCGUCAGUUUUCCCCAUUAAACCAACCGCACAGCCUACUAACCUCCACGAUAGUAUACUCCGUCUGCGUGCAAUCCCUCAGCAACAACGUGAUGGCCCUCUGGAUGGCGACUCGCGGCUAUACUGUGAUCCAACAAAACAAUUACCCGACAGGAUUAUACGCGACAGCUAUAGUCGGAACGGUGCUGUAUGCCGCGAUAUCCGACCAUCUCCGCUCACGAUGGGAAUGCUCCAUCGCCAUCGGGAUGACCUUCAUUGUCGGCAGCGCCAUUCUCGUAGCUGACCCAGCCAAAGACGCCGGUCACUUCUUUGCGUUCUACCUGCUCGGUACGACCUACGCGCCCCAGGCGUUGUGGUACUCGUGGAUGGCGGAUGUAACGAGCCAUGAUCUCCAGCUACGUGCCAUCUCAACCGGGUUCAUGAACUCGUUUGACUUUGCGUUUGUGACGUGGUGGCCGCUGGUGUUUUAUCCGGCUACGGAUGCGCCGCAUUUCGAGAAGGGGUAUAUUGCGAGUUUGGUGACGGGGGCGAUGACGUUGCCAUUUAUUGGGCUGAUUGUGUAUUUGGACAGGAAGGGAGUGGGAAGGGGUGGGAGUGAAAGUGACGCGGAGAGUCAGUCGGAUGGAAGUGUAAGGGAUGAUGAGAGGGUAGAAGUGGUUAGGGAUGAGAGGAGGGUGAAAGGUGUUUAA